UUGUUUGACUCGAGCUCGCUCCGCAUUUUUCCUCGCUUUCUCACUGCCCCGUCUUCUCCACGAGCCUUCGCCGUCGUUGCGGGUUGGUCGUCCCCCCGUCAAUUCUGUACGCCCACCUCUCUCUCUCUCUCUCUCUUUCUCCAUCCAUCAUCCCCACGUUUGACUUCCCUGUCCCUCACAGUAUCUUCUUGCUCUUCCUUUUAUCACCCCCAUUUCUCCAUCUCUCUUGGGCCGACGGGAAGCGCAGGACCGGGCAGCGACGCGCGAAGAAGGUCGAGCUUCAGCCCCUAUCCGAGCCUCGUUAGGAGAACCGGCAGCUCUGUUUUCUCGAAGAAAUGGCGGGGACGACCCCAUGGGUGACCGCUCGGCAUCUCUUGCUCAUCGCUGCUUUGAUUGUGCUUCUAGAAAUGGCCGUUGGAGAUCCGAGAACCCAUAAUGUCAGGAUGACGUGCUCGGUUGAGCGUGAGCACAACUCCACCCUCUUUGUGCCCAACUUUGUGGCUACCAUGGAGAACAUCAGCGAGCAGAUGAGGACGUCUGGCUUCGGCAUGGCGGUGAUAGGAUCAGGGCCCGACGCAAACUACGGCCUCUCUCAGUGCUACGGAGACCUCUCUUUGCUCGACUGUGUCUUGUGCUAUGCGGAGGCACGUUCCUUGCUUCCGCAGUGCUACCCUUUCAACGGCGGCCGCAUAUACCUCGACGGCUGCUUCAUGAGAGCGCAGAACUACAGCUUCUUUGAGGAGUACACGGGGCCUCAGGAUGGUGCGUGUGGGAAUGUGACGCGGAAGGACACAACAUUUCAAGAUUCAGCAAGAAAGGCCGUGGCAAGUGCCGUGGCGAGGGCACCAAACAACAAUGGCUACGCGCGCGCUGAGGAGGUUGUGUCAGGGACGGCAAAUGAAUCGGCUUACGUGCUGGCUGACUGCUGGAGGACGUUGAACGCCACUUCUUGCACGGCAUGCUUGAGGAACGCGUCGGCGUCCAUACUGAAGUGCUUGCCGUGGUCAGAGGGGAGGGCGCUAAACACAGGUUGCUUCAUGAGGUACUCCGACACAAAUUUCCUAAACAACCAACCAGGAAAUGGGAGUAACAAAGGAACCAUAAUAGUGAUAACAGUUUCAGUUGUCAGUGGCCUGGUUGUCUUGGCAGUUGGAAUAACAAUAGCGUACUUUGUCUGGAAGCACAAAUACAUUCAAAAGAAAAGAAAAGGCUCUAACCAUGCGGAGAAGUUUGUCAAGAUACUUCACGACAGUAGCUUGAAUUUCAAGUACUCUACCCUUGAGAAGGCCACGGGAUCUUUUGACAGCGCCAAUAAGCUCGGCCAAGGUGGAUUUGGCACUGUCUAUAAGGGAGUUCUUCCUGAUGGAAGGGAGAUAGCUGUGAAAAGGCUCUUCUUCAACAAUAGGCAUAGAGCAGCUGACUUCUACAAUGAAGUGAACAUUAUAAGCAGUGUGGAGCACAAAAAUCUGGUCAGAUUGUUGGGAUGUAGUUGCUCGGGACCUGAAAGCCUUCUUGUCUAUGAGUUCCUCCCCAACAGGAGUCUCGACCGUUUCAUUUUCGAUGCAAACAAAGGAAAGGCAUUAAACUGGGAAAAGAGAGUGGAUAUUAUGGUUGGGACUGCAGAGGGUUUGGUAUAUCUUCAUGAAAACUUCAAGAACAAGAUAAUUCACAGGGACAUAAAAGCGAGUAAUAUCUUGUUAGACUCAAAACUCCGCGCUAAAAUAGCUGAUUUUGGGUUGGCCAGAUCUUUCCAGGAAGAUAAGAGUCACAUAAGCACAGCCAUUGCUGGAACAUUGGGAUAUAUGGCUCCAGAGUACCUAGCACAUGGUCAGCUUACAGAGAAAGCAGACGUCUACAGCUAUGGUGUUCUCUUGCUGGAGACAGUUACAGGAAGACAGAACAACAGAAGCAAAAACUUAGAAUACUCAGAGAGCCUCAUCACAAUUGCAUGGAACCAUUUCCAAGCAAACAGAGUGGAGGAGCUUUUCGACCCGAGCUUGAUGUUACAUAACCACCACAAUAGAAACAUCAAGAAUGAGGUCUUGAGAGUCAUCCAUAUAGGACUAUUGUGCACACAAGAGGCUCCUUCUUUGCGGCCAACAAUGUCCGAGGCAUUGCAGAUGCUAACAAAGAAGAAUGAAGAACUCCCACCACCCACCAAUCCCCCUUUUAUAGAUGAAAGGACAAUGGAGCUCAAUGAUGCGUGUGACGACCCAUCUUUUCCACUGAACCCUAAAACAUCAGAUUCAAUUGCCACCAUAUCAAACAGUUCCUUCCAGCCUAGGUGAAUUGUGGAUAUCUAUUAGUGGCCAGUACCUCACCUGACUAAUAAAGAUACACUAUGGAGAGCAGGGGCUGGCCCUAUUUGGCCUAAUGACGCAAGCAUCCAGAUAGGGAACAUAGUGGUGACCAUCAGAGAAAGGGCAAGUCAACAAGCAGUUGAAGCGAGAAGAUCAGCACCAUCUAAGUCAUUUGUAGAAUAUCACCACUUGAAGUUGAAGGAUAGCUUAAAUUGAAAAGAGUGCAUUAAGGCAGCUUCUGCAAUUUUAAAGGAAAUAAAGGGUGUAUAUUAACAUUAAAUAGCUAAACUAUGCAGUGUAAUGUUUUGAUUGCUUUGUAUUGAGUCACAGACUGUACAAACCAUUUCUUUCCUA